CGCCCACUGUAAUCAAUGGACGGCCACGAUGGGUUCCUCCCAGCAAUCCAGCGGCGGCGCUGCGCCGCAGCUUGGCUUAUCGGUUAUCUCCACCCCCCGCCACUGCAGCCACGCCGCGGCAUCACCAUGGCGCUUCUCCUCCAUCCCCGCCUCCCCGCGCACCCUCUCCGCUCGACCACCCACCGCCGCCAUGCCUUCUCAGAUGGCUCUUGCCUCCUUCCCCUCCUCGGCCUUGUAAGGAAGCACACGCCCUUCGCGGUCACGUGCCGGGUGGCCAGGGUGAAGGAGCCCGGCCCGACCGCUGGCGCCCCGCCACCGCCGCAGUCGCUGAAGAAGGAGGCCCACAAGUACUUCGACCACGCCGUGGUCACCGUCCGCGCGGGCGACGGCGGGCACGGCGCCGUCCUCGCCAUGCCGCCCGCGCCCUCCGCUGACGCCGCCAAGCCCCGCGGCAGAUUCAACAAGGACAAGAAGAAGAGCAAGAAGGUGUCGUACAAGCGGAACUACGACGGGUCGGUGGCGCUGCCGAUGGGUGGGCACGGCGGCGACAUCGUGGUGUACGCUGACGAGGCGGAGGAGACGCUGCUGCGGUUCCACGAGAAGGCAAGGUACUGCGCCAAGAGAGGAGGCAACGUGGGCGCCGCCGGCGGCACACUGAGCUCGCGGAUGCACAGCGGGUUCGUCGGGGAGACGCUCAGGAUACCCGUGCCUGUAGGAACUGUUGUGAAACGCAAGAAGGGGACUGUUCUUGCUGAUUUGGCUCAUCCCGGUGAUGAAGUGCUCGUUGCUAGAGGGGGGCAGGGCGGGAUCAGCUUGAUAGAUGUGCCUGAGUACAGGAGGAGGAAAGCCAUGGCUUUAUCCCCAAACAUCAUGCGUGAUGCUAGUGACAAGGUAUUAAUUCAUGGUCAGCCUGGUGAGGAAGUAAGCUUGGAGCUAAUCCUAAGGGUAGUUGCAGAUGUUGGUCUUGUGGGACUUCCCAAUGCUGGAAAGUCAACACUUCUAUCCGUUAUAACGCUUGCAAGACCAGACAUUGCUGAUUAUCCAUUCACUACGUUAAUGCCAAAUCUUGGCCGGCUUGGUGGAGAUCCUGCUUUAGGCGCGUUGCAGUUUUCCUCAGAAGCAACAUUGGCAGACUUGCCAGGUCUAAUUGAGGGCGCUCAUCUGGGCAAGGGUCUCGGUCGCAAUUUCUUGAGACACUUGAGGAGAACAAGAGUAAUUGUCCACGUUAUUGAUGCUGCUGCGGAUGACCCUGUGAACGAUUAUAAGAUUGUCAGAGAAGAAUUAAGGAUGUAUAACCCCCAAUAUCUGGAGCGACCUUAUGUUGUUGUUCUGAACAAGAUUGAUCUUCCCAAGGCCCAUGAUAGGCUAUCUUCACUGGCAUUUGAAAUAUCUUCAAUUGGCUGUGAAGAGUGCCAUGACAGAAAUGCCAGCAAAAAUAACCUAAAUGGAAACAUAAGCGAACAUCAGGGAUCAUCGGAGGCAGAAAUUGAAGGCGAUGAAAAGGAGCUUGGGGACUAUCCAAGACCUCAGGCUGUUGUGGCUGCAAGCGUAUUAAGGCAUAUUGGGAUCGACGAGAUGCUGAAGGAGAUCAGAGCAGCCCUGAGAAAAUGCUUUGAUCACAAAUUGCCAGAACCGUGAACAGGAAGUCGUGUUAAUACCACAGUCCUGUAGCAGAAAGUUAGUGAACUGGAUGCUGAAGAAUUUCUGACGGCAGAAAGGUCCAUGGUUUGUUGUACCAGCCCUGGCAAUUCCUGAAGGAUGAAGCCGCCAAUGUUGGAGUCUGCCAUGGAGGGUGUCGGUUUUGAAGGCCCCGUUUGGAACGCGGGUUUUUCAGAUAGAAUUUCUGCGAUAUCGUGGUGAUGCUCCAUCUCCACUACAACCGUUUGUAGAUGACAAUACAACCUAUGUGAAUAGAAGGCUAGUGUGAGAUGUAGUGAUUGUUAAUGGACGUAUCGGUGAUCAGUUAGCAUAUCCAAUCUCUUUUUUGAAAAAAAACCUAUAUUAACUCUCAUUUUUAUAUGAAACUGAUACAAGAAUUUA